CAGGGGCAAGUAGUGCGCCAGGAGGCGAGGGCGUUGGGUUGCAAGUGGGUGAGGCCAGAGGACCGAAGAGCGCCUGGGGCGGAGGCAGCUCCGGCCCGGGCAGCAAGUGGUUUGAGGGGGCCGAGGGGAAGGAGGACAGGAGGAGGAGGCGGCGGCGGAUCCUUCCCCCCAACUCGGGUGGCCCUGGCCGCCUCUGUCCCCGUUCACCAUCUCUUCGCAGCCUCCCAUGUCUCUGCCGGUGGUGCUCCCGGGCUCCUGCUGCCCCGUGGCCGGGCUGUCGGCCGUGCCCCAGGCCGGGGGGCCGGUCGCCGCCGCCGCCGCCGCCCAGGAGCCGCCGCUGCCCCCGCUGCGGCCUCGCUGGUCCCGGGCAGGGCUACAGCUGGCCCCGCCACCCCGGGCUCGCUGCCCCACGGGCGCCGCGGUGCUGUCGGCGCCGCCGCCGCUGUCCUCCCGCCGGGCCGGGGCCGGCGCCGGGCCGCCGAGCUCCGUGCUCCUGCCGGCCCGCCCGCUGCUCUCCCUGGGGCUCCUGCAGCUCAUCCUCGGCUGCUGCAUGGUGGCGCUCAGCUUCGGGGCGCUGUCGCUGAGCGGCUCCCCGCAGGUGAAGAACUCGUGCCCCUUCUGGGCGGGCUCCUCGGUGAUCCUCUCUGGAAUCAUAGGACUGACAACAUGGAAAAGGCCGAUGAUACUCCUGGUGAACCUCUUUGUGUUGCUGUCUGUGGUCUGUGUCCUCUUGAACCUGGCUGGAUUUAUCCUAGGAUGUCAAGGUGCUCAAUUUGUGUCCAGUGUUCCCAAAUGUGAUCUGGUGGACCUCGGUGAAGGCAAGAUCUGCUUCUGUUGCGAAGAAUUCCAGCCUGCCAAAUGCACAGACAAAGAAAAUGUGUUGAAGCUAUUCCCAGUCCAGCCAUGUAGUGCUGUUCACCUUCUACUUAAGAAAGUUCUUUUUGCUCUGUGUGCCCUGAACGCCCUCACUACCACGGUUUGCUUGGUGGCAGCUGCCCUGCGCUACCUUCAGAUAUUUGCAACCCGAAGACCCUGCAUAGAUGAAUCCCCGUUUUCUGCCGAGGAAGUGGAAGAACAGGGCCACAUCCCGGAUCCUGAAGACUUUGUGCCACCUGUGCCACCCCCUUCGUAUUUUGCUACCUUUUACUCCUGCACGCCCAGGAUGAGUCGCAGGAUGGUUGGUUCUGAUGUCAUUCCACUACCCCAUAUCUACGGAGCGCGAAUUAAAGGAGUUGAAGUAUUCUGCCCCUUGGAUCCACCACCUCCUUAUGAAGCCGUAGUGAGCCAGAUUAACCAGGAGCAGGGGACUGCAUUCCAAAUUCCAGAGGUGGCAGAAGCUGUCGCUGGCCCACUGGAACCUGUCGGUAGACAAGUACCUCAAGGUGGGGACAUUCCUAAUGCUCGUGAGCGAGAGAGCCCGGCCCCGCCGAACCCCGAUUCAAACCCGGCACCGCUGCCAGCAAGCCGGAGAGCCUUCCAGCCCCUGAGAGUAAGAUCAAAGAGUGACCCUGUGCUCCAUCACUUGCCAGCUAGAGGACCAGUGCCAAGUUGUGAAGCUGCCACACAAACCGAAGUAAGACUGGAACUGGCCCCAGUGACCUUGAGAAAGGGUUUGAGAACCAGAGCUUUGCGAGCAAGACCCCGGUCUUUGGUAGAUUACAAAUCAUACAUAGAUACUAAACUGCUUGUGGCAAGGUUCUUAGAACAGUCUUCCUGCAGCAUGACCCCGGACGUACAUGAACUGGUGGAAAACAUCAAAUCUGUUUUAAAGUCCGAUGAAGAGCACAUGGAGGAAGCUAUCACAAGUGCCAGUUUCCUCGAACAGAUAAUGACUCCUGCUGGACCAGGUACAUCCCAGACCCAGAUGCCGCCGUACAGACAUCAUGCCGGGCUGCUUCACCUGGAGAGCUGUGGUGAUCUGAGCACUUUCACUUCGGCAGAAAAUCAGAGAGUGGAAAGGAGACCCCAAAGAACCGAGCCCGAGAGGCCUCACAGUCUCAUUGGGGUGGUUCGAGAAACUGUGCUCUGAGUGUCCCUCCACCAGGCAAAUGAGCACUGCGGAAGAGCAGGUGUUGUUAAGGGGAAAGUGGGGUGAGGGGUGUCAGUGAAGUAUUGUUUCUUGCGUACAGUACUGAGCUUCUGUAGUUCUUGAGCAACCUUUGGAAACACCCAAGCGAAAAGAAUGACGUUACAGUAAGUUUAUUUCUCUGGUACCAGUUUCCUGCUGGCUUUAUAACCAAGGAUAUUAGGGUGCAAUUAACAUAUUCCAGACCUGACCUUUGGGGUACACAGCUAGAGUUUGUCUAUUCUUAAAGUUCCUUCAUUCUCCCCUUGGUUCUCUCUGGAUGCCACAGAGUGGGUGAGUGGUAGGGGCUUUGAUAUGGGUGGGUUGUUU